AUGCACACUUUUUGUAUUCUUAUUCCAACUUUUUUGGUAUUAGUUUGGACAACUGAAAGCGCAAGACGUGAGAAGCAACAAAGCAACGAUAUUAGUUUUGUUAAGAGGAAAGUUCAGGAUGGACUCAAAUUUUCGAGGGUAAUAAAAUACACAAAUGAAACAAUUCAAGGGAUGAAAACUAACUUUAAUUCGAACAAGACUCAGGAGCUUUCUCUGGAUGUUCUUGUAGUUGCAGACUUUUUGUCAUAUCAAGCAUUUUUGGAAAUGUCAAAUGGAGAUUCUCACCGAGCUAUUCACAAUUUGAAAGAGUAUUUACAUGCUUUGUUCGAGCAAACUAAAAUAAUAUAUGAUGGUAUCAGUUUUGGGAAUGAAACUUUGCAUAUGGUUUUUGCUGGAACUUGGAUCGCAACUCAAGAACGAGAUUGUCCAUUAUGGAUCAGCUGGGCCGAGGAAGAAGAAGAACGAGUUCUCAAUGAAGAAAUUCGAAGAUUGGAAGAAAAAGAACGAGACUUAAAUUCUACAUUUGUUGACGACACUUUUUUCAUGAACUCAACAGAUUCUGACAAUUCCUCAACGGAUGCCCUGAUCUCUUCUGAUAUGCCAAAAAAAUUACGAAAAUUUGUCGAUAUCACUUUAGAAGAAAUGCAGGAAAACAAUAGUACAGAAAUGACACUCAAAAUUGAUUCCAAAAAAGCAAUUGACAAGUUUACGAUUUGGCUGAAGGAACAAACAGGCUUACCAAGACACGAACACGCAGUUCUUAUUACAAAAUUUGAUCUGAUAAGCAUCAAUGGUAACUCAGCUACACAAGGAAUGGCUUAUGUCGGAAAUAUUUGCGAAAAUGGUGAUUCCAGUUCGGUUGUAGAGGACAUUGGAGCAGGUCUCACUUCGUUGAUUAUGGCUCACGAAAUUGGUCACUCACUUGGAGCGCUUCAUGAUGGAGCUUAUGAAACUGCUGAAUGUGAUUCAAAUGACAAUUAUUUAAUGGCUGUUGCUGUAUCAGGAAGUGCAGAUAGACAAAGCUUCUUAAAUAGUCGACGAAUGAGUAAUUGUAGCAUUAAUUCAAUUAUUGAAAAUCUAAAAGAACCAACAGCAAAUUGUGUAAAGAAAUGGAAAACCAAAAAAGGAAAGGAUGUUUCACAAAAAGAUUUUAUAAAGAAACCAGGAGAACUUGUAAAAAUUACAAGACAAUGCCAAGUUGCAUUUGGUCCCACAUUCAUUCCAUGUUUGCAUAUCGGAUACUUCCAUGAACAAUCAAUUUGUGAAAGGAUAUGGUGCAGCGAUGGAGAGAGUGAUGAAUGUCAGACACUUAAUUAUUUUCCAGCAUUUGAUGGAACUGAAUGCGGAUACAAUAUGUGGUGCCUUGAAGGUAGCUGUGUUCAAAAUACCAAAAAAUGGAUGGAUUGUAAAGAUAUUAAUUCAAAGACAUGUUCCAAAUACUCGACUUCAAAAUUAAAACAUUAUUGUAAAUCGAAAGAUUUCCGUGAGAUUUGUUGUAGAACGUGUGCGAAAAAAGGAAAAAUAUACUGAUUGGAGUAAUAAACGUUUCAUAUAUAUUC